CCCAGCCCUGGCAGACACCUACUGUCAAGAAAUCCAGAGACUAGAACAGCAAGGCUAUGUUAAACCUUUGCUUCCAUCCACAGAAGACAACUCCAAGGAGUCCUGGUAUCUGCCGCAUCACGUGGUCCACCACAAUGCCCUUCACUCCUCGGGGUACUUCUUCGCUUCCGGGAACACAGUGUGGCUGUCAGUGGUGACAUCAAAGGGAUGUUUCACCAAGUUUGCUUGCUACCAAAAUACAAAACCCUCCUCUGUUUCCUGUGGAGAAGUAUGAAGAGAGAAGAGGAGCCCGCCGUAUAUGAGUGGCAAGUAUUGCCGUUUGGAACUACUUGUAGUCCUUGCUGUGCAACAUACGCCCUCCAAAGGCAUGUGAAAGACAACAAGACGGGGUAUGAAGACCUUGUGCACACAGUUGGAACCGCAUUCUAUGUGGACAAUUGUUUAACCUGCAUCACCACUGCAGACCAAGCUAAGAUCCUAGUCGACCGACUAUGCAUGCUGCUGGCCACUGGAGGAUUUGACAUAAAGCAGUGGGCCAGUAAUGAUCCAACUGUAAUAGCACACCUUCCUGCUGAGGCCAAAGCCAAGAGUACAGAACUUUGGCUGUCUCAGCCCAAGCAGGACCCAGAGGAACCAGCCUUGGGCCUUCGUUGGAACUGCCUCACAGAUCGCCUCGAAUACCGUCACCAACCAGUAGUGUAUUCCAAGCCCACUCUACGAAACGUCUACAAGGUUAUGGCAACACAAUACGACCCACUGGGGUAUCUUAUCCCAUUUAGCACUCGAGCCAAGAUUCUCAUUCAAGACCUGUGGAAUGUUGGCGUCGGCUGGGAUGAGCAAAUUCAACCCAAAACUCUCUUGGAGAUAUGGACACAAUGGGAGAGUGAGCUGGUCUACCUCCCACAACUAGAAAUACCCAGGUGUUAUAUACCAGCUUCCGUAGACACAAAAACGCCUUGCCAACAAGCACAUAUCUUUUGUGAGGCUUCCGAGAGAGCCUAUGGGGCAGUGGAAUAUCUGCGUACGCAAGACGACAAAGGCAAUAUCCACUUGGCAUUUGUGAUGGCCAGAUCACGUGUCUGUCCCUGCAAACAUGCCUCGCCUCGAACUAUGUGCAGCUCUGACAGGAGCACAGUUUUCGUCGGCACAAGACUAGCGGAAAUUCAAGAGUUGGUGGAAGGGUCAACAUGGCGCUAUGUCAGCACCCAUGAAAAUCCCGCCGAUGACCUCACUCGUGGCAAGACCCUCCUUGAGCUUACCCAACCUAACCGAUGGGGUCAAGGUCCACAGUUUCUCCUUCGGCAUCCCGACACAUGGCCGGAGCUAGAUUUGAAGGAAGCUCAAGAACAAGAUGAAGAGGAACUCCGAAAGACAGUGUUUUGUGGAGUCACUACCUGUACUACACCCACAAUGUCUAUCUCCAACAUAGAUAACUGGGACAAUCUUAUCAAAGCCAUUUACGAGAGCCUUCAUGGGGCAGCUAGCAACUAG